AUGGUUUUGUUCAAAGAUGUCAAGUUUUCUGCGACCUCUGUUCCUUUGGAGACAAAGACAGAAUUGGUUUCGAUGAUAGAGCAGAUGGGUGGGUCCUAUCACAGCGACUUGAUGUCUGAUGUGACUGUGCUAAUUGUUGGUGACAGGAACACUGAGAAGUACAAUUAUUGUGUCCAGAGGAGAACAGAUGUCGUGUUCUUGACCCCUGCUUCUCUUUCACAUAUAUAUGAUCUUUGGAUCAAAUACACUCGAGGAAGCAAAAAAAAUCCAAAAGAGAUUUUGUUGCUAGAACAAAAAUUUGCCAAAAAAUUUGCCAUAGACCAAUUUGUUUUGAAAAGUUUCGAAAAUCUAAACAUAUGUAUUGCAAGAGUUAAAAAUUUCAAAUUAAAUAAAUUUCAAAUUUCAAACAUUAUCACCGAAAAUGGUGGUAAAGUAUCGGACAACUUAGUAAAUGUAAAUUCCUGUUUGAUAACGACUGAAGUUCAGGGAAAGAGAUUUGAAAAAGCAAAAGAAUGGAAAAUCCCAAUAUUGCAUCCCCUAUGGAUAAUACAUUCCUUUGACAGAGGAACUGCUCUACCUAUGAAAUACUAUCUACUAGAAGACUUUGCUGACACCGAUGGUAAUAUUAAUCAAACGAAAAUAGGCCAAGGUUCCUGCUACAUUUGGUCAGAUCUACAAAAAUUGAAAAAACGCAAAUUUAUGGACAUUAAUCUAACUAAUAACCCAAACAAUGACAUGAAAAUUUUGAAAAAACAUAACACUUCUUCUGAAAAAAUUUGGUCCUCAAUAAUGAAGUCAAAUCCUUCAGCCGGAAACAACACAACUCAUAACUUUCCUUUGAAUCUUAAUAGAAUUAAUAAAAGAGACUCAAUAAAUUCCGGAAUUUUGAAUACCAGCCUAGACAAUAUUGAAAAAGAACUCAAUCCUCAAAAUUUAAACGAUUCUAAAAACAAUAGCACUGUAAUAAAUGUGCUAAAUACAGCCAGACUAUCCAAUAACUACAAUCAAAAUAAUCACAACACGAUAACUAAUGGCACCCAUACUAAUCCUGAAGAUGUUACAAAUGACGAUGAAACUCUCACCAAUGACACAACUGCUAACUCCACAACUAUAAUCACAGACAAAACAAUAGAGUUUAAGGGUCCAAAUUUGUUUUUGAACUCAACUUUUGCAUUUUAUGGCUUCAAUAAUUAUCAAUUAAAAACUUUGAUUAGAGUCGUUGCAUCUCACGGCGGUGAUAUAAUUGCAAUUGAAGAAAAAUCAAUAAUACCAAAUUUCAUUGUUUUACCUUCAAACGAAAUUAUUACUGAAUUGCCAAACUUUAAUAAAAAAAAAACUUUACUAGUAACAGAAUGGUUUAUUGAAAGAUGUUUAUAUUAUGAUGAACUAAAAUUAGACAAAUGGGGUUUGCCUUUGAAAAAUAUUAAUAUUUUUAGUAGUAAUACCAAUAAUACCAAUAAUAAUAAUAAUAAUAAUAAUAAUAAUAAUAAUAAUAAUAAUAAUAAUAAUAAUAAUAUUAAUAUUAAUAUUAAUAUUAAUCACAAUAGUAGUGACAUAGAUGAUAAUUUAUCAUUGAAUAUUUCAAUAACGGGGUUUUCAGGUGUUGAAUUAUUACAUGUUCCAAAAUUAAUUGAAUUGAUUGGCUUCAAUUAUUUUGAUUCAAUAACAAGCAAUAGAGAUAUCUUAAUAAUAAACACUUCAAUUCUUGGUUUAAACAGCGAAAUUACCCCAAACUUAUUUUUACCUACAAAUUCCAAAGAAAUUUUAACUUGCUCGGUAGAUAAGAAUUCCUUAAGUUCAACUAAAAAAAAAAUUAUAUUUGCUAAAACACACAAUAUACCAAUUGUCACAUUAAACUUUUUAUUUAAAAUCAUUGAAAAACAUAGAUAUGUUGACUUUAAUGAUAUUAAAUGGUGUAUACAUAAACCAAAAUUCGAUAAUUUAACCGAUAAUUUAAAAUCAUUUAUAAACUACUUCAAUGCUAAGGAAAAAAAUAGAGAAUUAGCAAAAGCAAAAAAUAAAGAGAUGUCAAGACUGAUAACAUCGAAGGAAAAAAAUAACAUUGAAGAAUUGAAUAAGCUUGAAAAAACGUUAGGAGAAGAUCAAUUGUUUGCUACGCAAAUCCGGUUUGAUGAAAGCGAAAUAAAUAAUUCAGAUUUCAAUAACAGUAUUUACAAUAACGAUAGUGACAAUGGCAACAAUAAAAAUAACAAUAAUAAUAAUGAUAAUAGUGUCAUUAAAAAUAAGGGCUCUAAAAAUUACAAGAUUAAAAAUAAUGGAAACAAUGAGGUUGGAAAAAGAACAAGAGCUUCCUUAAAAGCACUUAAUGAGCUUUAG